CUACUAUAAGGAGCAGCUCCUCCCACCUGCACAUAAAAGCCAAAGCAUGCUACCAGCUGCUGAUCAGAGCACUUUCUCAGUCCUCCACUGUUGUGAGCCAGUGAUCUUCUCUCCUUGGAUCUUGCAUACUCAAGGAGCUGAUCUGGAAUCAAGAAAACACCUUCCUUUGACCUCAAACAGACGUGGAGUCCAGCCAUCUUAAGGCGAAUAGCAAGUGCAUUGCCAGUGUCCAGCUCUUUUCCAAAAUCUAAAUGUCAUGGCUGUGCUGCUAGCCCCUGUACAGCUGCUAACAGUAGCGGUAACCAUUUACCUAGAGCUAGUGAAAUCCAUUCAGGGCGGUGUUUAUUAUGGGAUCAAGCAGCUGCCACCCCAAGUCCCACAGUAUCAGGCCCUCGGACAACAAGUACCUCACAUGCCAUUGGGCAAAGAAGGGGUUCCAAUGCAACAAAUGCAGCAAAUGCAACACAUGGGCAAGGAGGUGCCCCACAUGCAGUAUGGAAAAGAAUACCCUCACCUGCCUCAAUAUAUGAAAGAAAUACCACAGCUGCCACUGCUGGGCAAGGAGAUGGCUUCAAAGAAAGAAAAAGAAAUCCCUUUAGUCAAUUUGAGAGGUGAACAAGGUCCCCCUGGUGAGCCUGGACCAAGAGGGCCACCAGGACCCCCAGGACUACCAGGCCAUGGAGUGCCAGGAGCCAAAGGAAAACCAGGUCCACAAGGAUAUCCAGGAAUUGGCAAGCCAGGAUUGCCCGGAAUGCCUGGAAAACCAGGAGUAAUGGGGCCACCUGGGCCAAGAGGUGAGGUCGGACCAAAGGGAGAGAUUGGGCCUAUGGGAAUACCAGGACCACAAGGACCACCAGGACCUCACGGACUUCCUGGAUUAGGAAAACCAGGAGCCCCAGGAUUACCAGGAAAACAGGGACCAAAGGGUGAACCUGGAAUGAAAGGACUACCAGGAGCUCCUGGGAUUCCAGGACCUAAAGGAGAAAAGGGCAUUGGGAUUCCAGGUUUACCCGGAUUAAAAGGUCCACCUGGAUUACCUGGACCCCCAGGAGCAGUUGGCCUUCCAGGCAUAGGCAAACAAGGAAUGAUUGGGUUUCCAGGACCACAGGGCCCUAUAGGUAAACCUGGACCUCCAGGUGAACAAGGACCACAAGGCCUUCCUGGUGUACCAGGGAUUCAAGGUCCACCUGGCCUUCCAGGGGUUGGGAAACCAGGCCAAGAUGGAAUCCCAGGCCAGCCUGGAUUCCCAGGUGGGAAAGGUGAACAAGGCUUGCCAGGUUUACCAGGACCACCUGGCUUGCCAGGGGUUGGUAAACCAGGUUUUCCUGGGCCUAAAGGUGAUCGUGGCAUGGGUGGUCUCCCUGGCCCACUUGGGCCUAAAGGUGAAAAGGGGCAUGUGGGGCCUCCUGGCAUGGGUGGGCCUCCUGGGGAGCCAGGCCAGCCUGGAUUACCAGGAGUAAUGGGGCCCCCUGGUGUCACUGGAUUUCCGGGACCAAAAGGAGAAGGUGGAGCUGUAGGGCCUCAAGGCCCUAUUGGUCCCAAAGGUGAACCAGGCCUACAGGGCUUCCCAGGAAAGCCAGGUUUUCCUGGGGAAGUGGGACCUUCAGGUCUGAGGGGGCUUCCUGGUCCAAUAGGGCCAAAGGGAGAAGCUGGUCACAAAGGUUUACCAGGUCUGCCUGGUGUUCCAGGGCUUAUAGGCCCUAAAGGAGAGCCUGGAAUCCAUGGUGCUCAGGGCCACCAAGGUCCAUCUGGAAUCCCUGGUAUUGCAGGACCCAGUGGUCCAAUUGGACCCCCUGGACUUCCAGGGCCUAAGGGAGAACCAGGUUUACCAGGCCCACCAGGCUUUCCAGGAAUAGGGAAACCUGGUGUUGCAGGCCUCCAAGGACCACCAGGAAAGCCUGGGGCCCUUGGACCCCCUGGCCAGCCUGGACUCCAAGGUCCCCCAGGGCCCCCAGGUCCUCCUGGUCCUCCAGUAGUCAUCCCACCCACCCCACCAGCCAUUGGACAAUAUUUGCCGGAGGUGGGGCCAGGCCUAGAUGGAGUGAAGACCCCAACUGGCUAUAUGGGCAAGAAAGGCAAGAACGGUGCUGCUGUCUAUGAAAUGCCUGCCUUCACAGCAGAACUCCUCACACCUUUCCCACGGGUUGGGGUGCCUGUGAAAUUUGACAAGCUCCUCUACAAUGGCAGGCAGAACUAUAACCCACAGACGGGGAUCUUCACUUGUGAGAUCCCAGGAAUUUACUACUUCGCUUACCAUGUUCACUGUAAAGGGGCCAGUGUCUGGGUGGCUUUGUUCAAGAACAAUGAGCCGCUGAUGUACACGUAUGACGAGUACAAAAAGGGCUUCCUGGACCAAGCUUCUGGAAGUGCUGUCGUUCCGCUCAUGCAUGGAGACAAAGUUUACGUCCAGAUGCCAUCUGAACAGGCAGCAGGACUCUAUGCUGGGCAGUAUGUUCACUCAUCUUUUUCAGGGUAUUUAUUGUAUCCCAUGUAAAACAAAAAACACACAAAACCUAAACUUUUCUCUCUGCUUCAAACUUUUAUACCAUUGAAAGAUGCAUUUAAAUGACUGUUUUGGACCACCUUAUACAAAAAAGCAAAAAACAAAAAAAAACCAAAAAGAAA